AUGCGUACAAGAGAAAUGUUACUGUGUGCAGCGGGAAGUAUAUUCAAUGACCUUUGCAAGUCGAUGUUUUCAUUUUCUCUUCUGUUUUUCAUGGAGGUAGUGGAACUUUCAGCUGCAGACACUGGACUUAUUAUACUCACUGGACAAAUUGUAGACGGGUUGACUUCAGUAAUCUCUGGUUACCUCGGCGAUAUGGUUAAAGUACCCGUUCUUUCACGGAAAAUUGGAAUGCGAAAAUCUUGGCAUCUUGUGGCAACGGUAUUUAUGGGAAUCGUAGUUCCUCUCUGCGUCAACCGUUGCAUUCUCUGUAGUGGAAGUCAUCAAACUUGGCUUCCCACCGUCUCUUACUGUUUCUUGUACUCACUGUAUAACAUGUGUUUCAGCGUGGUGGAGAUAAAUCACCUGGCUUUCAUCACAACUUCAGCUGUGUCGGUUGAAGAACUAACAGAUCUUAGCGCCAUCAGGUUUGCUAUUUUGAAAAGUAUUAUAUUAAAUUAAAGUAAACCGUUCACCUAUCUUUUUUGGCUCUUACCAAAGAUCUAUUGGAGGACAGACGCAUAGUUUAGGUCGCCAUCCGCACAAUUUUGCGUUUUUAUUACCUAAAACAAACAGAUUACACGUUGACAUGGAUUUAUAGUUCAAGAUCACAUAAUAUGUCAAAAUGUGGUAAGAACAUCAAUUAUACACUCGGCUGCGCCGCGAUUGCCACGAGCACAUUUUGACGGCACCUUUGAUCUAUAAUAUAACGGAAGCGCGUCAUUAUGUGAUAAUUUUGAUAAUCAGAUGAUGACGCAAAGUUUUUAUUUCGUAAUCAGUCUCUCCUGAACUUACUUUUCAUUGCAACGCUAAUGUAAGCGUAAAUCGGUUGACUUAAGUACCACUGCCUCUUGCUUCGUAAAAGUCAUAAGAAAUAACAAUAAUUUGAUGAAAAACCUUCUAGCUAUGCGUAAGUCUGCUCAGACCUCCAUUUUAAUUGCUCACACACAUGUGAAAUUAAGUUUCGUACAGAUUCAUAAGUUUUUAUCAUACAUUCAGCCGUUGAUUGACGUUACUGGCCAUACUGGACUUCAACUUGUAUUCCUAUGUGAGGCUUCCGGUUUCGUGUCAAUUGCUUCAAUUCUUAGACCCUAUGAAGUUUCAAGCGGUCAAUUACGCAGGGAUUUACUUUUGAGGUUGCAUUUAAUUAAGCACAGCAUCAAGUUAACUUGUACAUGAUUCAAGAUAAUUAUGUUGAAUCUCUAUCCAACUAAUUUGCGAAGUUUUCAUAUAGACUGGUUGCGUCUACUUUCUGGUUAAAAUGCAGACAAGAGAACAGCUAUUGGGCGCGGUAGGAAAUUUAUUCAAAGACGUCUGCCGGCAGCUUAAUUUUUCAGUUAAAUGUUUUCUUUCAAAGAAUCCCGGCGAGCGAAAAUCUUGGCACCUUUUGAUAAUAGUUUUAAUGAGAAUUAUCAUUCCUUUUUUCUUUCACCUUUUUUUCUUGUAAUAGAAAUCAUAGUGAGUGGCUUCCAAUUGUCUAGUACAUCUUCUUGAUCUCGGUGUACAACAUUUGUGUGAGCACUGUUGAGAUAAAUUAUCUUUAUUACAACUGUAACUGAAUCCGUCGAGAAUGUACAUUAGUGCCAUGAGGUUUGCUUCAAGAGACUUUUUUUAAGAAAUAUAGUUCAUACGGCAAUCGUAUUUAUUUUAAAUAUACUUGUAUAAAUCACUUGUAUUACUUUUAUAUAACUCAGCUGAUGCACGGACACUCUGAGGCCGUUUUUUCCUAACUUAUCCUGUAGAAAUGAUAAGCGUGACAUCUAAGAACAAUUUUCCUUAUUCUUCUCUUUUUCUUGUUCAAAAGGACAAUGUUCAGCUUCCUUAGUGGUAUUUACAUAUACGUGAUCGCCUGGGGCCUUUUCGGACAAGACAAUAGCGAUACUCUGGGACCCCAGAUCCUUGUGGAUUUUGUGGUAAGCAACAGCUUCGUUGAUAGUUCUAUUCUACGAUAUGCUUUGACAAACAGGCGGAGGCUCAAUACAAUGAAAUUAAAAAAAGAAAAACAACGCAAUUAAAAAACGGGUUGGAGAAAUUUUGUUUUCUCUCCCUGCACUGCCUGUCAGCCUUUUAGCCUCCUUCCACACAUCUCUGCAGGCAUUAAAAAUCUUUUUUUUGUCCUUAAUCUUGCAACUUUCAAGAGCUGACUGUCAAUUCUCUCCUGGAGCUGCUUUGCAUUUCCUUGUGAAUUAAUUUUCAGAAUUUAGUGUUAGAUCAAGAUAAAAACUUCAUAAAAAAUGAGUUUUCUUAUCAGCUGGAGAAUGUAUGUUUACUACAGGGAGAGGUUACAAGUUAAUCGUUUCUGGGAGUUAAAGGGUUAAAAUCCUAGUUGAUUAAUUCUUUUCUAAACAGCACCUCUCGUGGAUUGCUACUGGAACAGGACUCUUCUUUGCAGUCAUCUUCCACAUUGGUACAAAGGAACCUCAAAAAUGUCAGAGUAAAGAAAGCGCCACAACGGAUCUUACGGUAAGACAGGAAGCAAAAAAGAUAUUUCCUUUUCAAAUAAAGGUCAUGUAAAAGCUUAUUUUUGUGUUAGGAGAACAGACAACACCAUGGAACUAAUAGAGGCGCGCUUGCGCGAUUGUUUCUUCGUUCUUCAUUUGAUUUAUCUACAAGAGGUCUAUUAAUCUGAACGGGUCUUGAAGUUACAUAGCGUGACCAGAGGGAUAGAGGUAUGGUUUACACAUUAUUUAAAGAAAUCCGUAAUUCACUCUGGCCACUUUCCCGUUAUUUUGCAGAAAGCUCCUGGAAAAUUCAUUGAAGAGUUUGGACUCGAAAAUGCAAGUAAGUCUAUGGAUAUGUGCUUUGGUGUAUUAUUUUAAAAGCCGUCGUUGUUUCGAUUAAAAUUGCAGAUGUAACGUCCUCUCCGACAUCAAACUGAACUACAAAAAUGAAAAACACUACUCGUCUUUAUCUCAAGGGGGAUAGGUCUUAUUUUUGCAUGGAGCUCCUUAAUAUCUAGGGUAUUGUUGUCUCGAUAUUUUUGAGAAUAUAUCAGCCACGACUGUGUGCAGGCAUGCCACAAGUUUGAUACAGGUGGUCCUAUCUAAACACAGCACCAAUUUUGCUUGAAAUGUUUAGACAACGUCCUCUUUAAAGCAAAAUAUCUAGUUCAGAAGCGCAUGUCAAUUGGAGAUUAAGAUUAGUGAUUAGAAGAUUAGACGUUCGUUAAUUGCUUGUUUUGUUUUUUUCUCAAGAUUCUAGACGGACCAGUCUUGCUUUUAAGUUUACUGACAUGGUUAUGGCUUCAACUGAAUAUGAAGAAUAUCAAAGUGAGAUGAACGGAUGUGGAGAAACCAAAAGCGGUGAAGUGCGUAUCAGGAAACGAAGUCUUCUGCAGAAGUUUGCUGUUGCUAUGUUUGCCGACGGGAAAACUGAUCUAGAAGUACAGCAUCUUGAUAGUGAACGCAAGAAGAGUCUACGAACGCUUGAUUUUGACGACAUCCUAUUGAGACUACAACACGAAGAGCACAAACAUCCAACAUGUGUUGGUGCCAUGGAAAACCAAGUUACAAUGGACGGUAUAGACGAUGAUCAUGCGACUGAUGAAGAGUCGUGGAAUGCCAGGCAAGAAGAGAUCAAAAACACUACUGAUAAAGAUAUGUGGAAAAUGACCAACAGCGCGGCCCCCAAGACAUCUUUUUGUACCGUAUUUAAGCAAAGAAAAUAUGGAAUGGUGCUUUUUCCGGAUGAUUGUAAAUUUGGUCUCUCUAACUCUGGAUUUGAAGAUGAUGGAGGUGAUGAUGAUAAGAAGGAAAGCCUUUGCGGUACAUCAGUUAGGGAGCAAAGAAAGUCUGUGACUUUCGAUCCUUCUGGAUUUCUGGAAAUGCCGUCAAUGAACGGAACAGAACGACAAGGGUUAAAUCUCGAUCACACGUCUGACAACAAAACGAUUCUGGAUGAAAGUACGCAAGAUUUUCCGAAACAGCACGUCAGAAAAAUCGAAAGAACAGAAGGUUGCGAUGGCACAGAUAAUUCGUUAACUUCAGCGGAUAACCCUGAUCUUCAUGGUCUCCCUGUUCAAUCGACAAGUUCUACAUCUGAGGGAAGACGUCCAAAAGGAAUCAAACACUGGCUAAAAGAUCCAAACGUGUACACGGUAAACCCUCGUGUUUCCAAGUAUCUUUGUUUGUUGAUUACGUUGACUCUCUGUGAUGUUUUUCUCGUGUUUUAAUUUUCAGGUAGCCAUUAUCUUUACAUGUACACGCCUUACGCAGGACUCUGUAAACAGAUAUAUACCGCUAUUCCUCACAGAGAGAUUAUCAUUCCCCAAGGUAUAGUUCAAUUUGAAGUGCUCAGUUGUUUUUAAAGUUAUUGAUAAUUAUAUUAAUCUCAUCGUAUUUUUUGCCCUGAAUCAGGCAGCUACCGCUUAUUUUCCACUCGUCCUCCUAACCAGUGGCUCUCUAGCAAGUUCAACGUGUAAGAAACUGAAAAGGAAAAUUGGAAGUAAGGUAAGACCUAAAUUAACAGCUUCUUCUAACUGGUCACUCCACUUUUGUGAUGGGGGAGAUUCAUUGAUUGCACCAAACGUCGGCUUAUCUACUUGUUGAUGAUAAUGAUUGACUGAGAGGGGCAGGCAAUAAAUCAACGAUCAUCUCAAUGGCUUUAUUUAACUUAACUCGACAAAUGAACCAUCUUUUCUCAAGUUACCAUAGUCAGGAGUUCGAUUCCUGAAAUGAUUCUCAGAUAUUUUCUUUGCGUCUUGCUUAUUACAGAACCCAGAACAAAUUUGUUUGUUUAAUUAGUCUUAGUAACUUUCAUACUUUCGUUGAUAUGCAUAUCGUAGCGGAGCUACCUUCUGGCAAGCUUAUUAGUGAUGGGUGGCGCUGUUUGGAGCUAUUUUCAAACCUUCUCCACCAGACAAUCAACUUAUGCACCAGUGGUUAUGAUGGGAAGUGGUCUGUCCAUUAUGUACGUCAUGGCACUGGUCUUCAUCACCGAGGUGAUCGGGGAAAAUAAGGUUAGUGUUUUGAAACAAGUUUGAAUGGUUUCGAGGAAAGGAUAAGUCGCAAAAUCUGAUCAGUUCAGUUACAGUACUUUUCUAACAUUUUUGAAAUUGAAAUGGCAUGGAAGUUCUUUUGAAUGUCGCAAAAAAAAAAAAUUCCAAAAUAAUCACAACUCUGUCAGAACGAAAUAAAAUCUCAUAAGCAGCUACUGAGAAUUUAAAGUGAAAUACAGUUAGACUGCCUGAGGUUUGGGAAAUUUUGAGUUACAUCUAAUCGGUUGAGAGAUUGUUGCAAGUUUUUAAGGCCAAUCACAGAGGGUAAUGAAAAAGAACCGUUUCAUUCGCAGACGAGUUUGGAAACUUGAUUAAAACCAUGAUCAGUGUGCAUAUUUUCAAGAGUGCUCUCUAUAAAUUUACCAUGAUACUAAGAAGGAGAACUUUUCUAACGAUCAAGACCUUUAUUUUGAUUGGCCAUCAUUUGCCUUUUUCUCUCUUGACGUACAUGUUUGAUUCAGUAGUGACAGUGUGAGGAGAAAUUAAAGACCUGUUGGUCUUAGGGGUAAGGAGUUAAAAAUUACGUUAAUAAUAGUAUUAAUGUUGGUUUCCCACAUGAGAUCAAUGAUUUAAUACGGUGAUUUCCUGUCAGGAAACCAGUGGAUCAGUGUUUUCCAUAAUCAUUGUACUCGCCAGAAUCUCAAGCGGUGUACUUGUCAUUGGUAUACAGGAAUUUUAUCCAGAAGAAAGGUUGGUCUAUCAGAUCUUUAUUGUAAUUUACCCUAGAAGGAACAAGAAACAUGGUAUUUAAAGCGUUUAGAUGACCAGCCGAUUUGUUAAAACUCGAAACGUAUAUUCAGCAGGUUUGUCUUUACCAGCUUGACCAGGCCAUCCUUGACUAUUUGAAAUAGUAAUGACUGUUUUAAAAUUAUGCACGAUUUAGUAAACUCCUCAAUUCCUCUAUUCAAUUUAGAACCAGCUCAAAUGAGGCGGUUAGCAACUACUUACAGCAUGUGUUUGUAAUGGCGCCUGGAGUAUUAACUCUGGUGGGAUUCUUGCUGGUCUUGUUUUUCCAACCAUCUAACUUUAUCUGCAAAAGUAAAGGUAAGUACAUUGUCAAGCUGUUAGACGUCUAUAACUUGGGUAACGUAUGGAGAAUAACUGCAAAUACUCUGAAUUACCCUCUGACGCAAUGGUGUUAAGCGUUCUUUUGAGUGAACUAGUAAUCUUACCAAAAAAUACAAGCCUGUGUAAAUGCAUUUACCUCGUGAUGGGUGUGCAUCUAUGUAGUAGUGCCACGUUCAGUUAAUAAGACGGUGUUAAACUUAGAGCUUCAGGUUUGUUAGUCAGUAUUACACGUGGUUGUCUUUUUUGUCAACGAAAACUUCUUCUGUCAAUUUUUUCUUCUAGUUUCAGAAGAUGUUGAGGCCCUACAAGGCCAAUCGUCGUUUGAUGUUCAAGUUAACCAAUGUCCAUCGGGAGUCAUAGCAACGUCAAACCACAACUUGGAUGAUAGUCACAAUACCUCCAUCGUGGUGGUGGAUUCUUGUUCUGAGGACUCAAAACUUUGA